AUGGGAAGCUGCGAAUGCAGAAGUAAAAAUAUUGUCGCCAAUACUUUUAUAUCAGAAAAUACUAUCUCUUUGAGAGAAUUUUCUAUGAGUACAAAUUUAAAUAUAAAAAAGCGAAACUCACUAAGGAGAUUGUCAACAAGGCAAAGUGUAAGUUUAGAAUUACCGCAUCCUUUAAUGGUUUCUUCGAUUCAAGUGAAUAUUGAUGCUAAUACAAUGUGAGUUUCUGGGUGCAUAUUACCUGGGGUUUAUAUAAACAAUUUAGAUCAUAAUAAAUGCCAAGAUCAUGCUCUUAUAUCAAUAAAAUCUGAUAGUAUUUUGGGUGCUGUGUUUGAUGGGCAUGGAGAAAACGGUACCAAAAUUUCAAAUUUUUGUGGAAAAGUGACAAGUAAGUUUCAUAUUUCAACUCAGCAAUAUCAAGUAUUUUUCAAUUAGAACGACCCUUUUGAUUUUCUGAAGAAAAUUAUUAGCACCUGCGAUAUUAAGUUAAAAAAUCCAAAAUCAUUCAUCGAUGUUACCACCUCAGGCUCAACGGCUGUACUUUGACUAUUUUAUAACUCAACUUUUUAUAUAGCUUCUGUCGGUGAUUCUCGGGCUGUAUUAGCCACCAAGCAGCCUCCAGUAUCAUUUCCAGUCAAAGCCUGCCCAUUAAAUGAAGAAAGACGACUCCAAGAAAAUGCCUAUGCUAAUAGAAAUGUAACUCCUGAAACCAAAAUAAUCCCAGUCCAGCUCUCAAAAGACCAGAAGCCAGACGACUCUGAAGAGCUUACAAGAAUUGUGGAAAGCGGUGGAAGAGUCCAAAGACUGACUGACAAGAAUGGGCAAAAAAUCGGUCCUUAUAGAAUAUGGGAAAUGAAUAAUGAUGAGCCAGGACUUGCAAUGAGCAGAUGUAUUGGAGACAAAAUUGGAGAAAAAUUAGGGGUGAUUUCUAAGCCAAUUUGCUAUAGCAUGCCUUAUAAUAAAGGUAGUGACUGUUUUGCUAUAAUUGCAAGUGAUGGGAUAUGGGACGUAUUUUCAAACCAAGAUGCAGUGAAUUUUGUAGAGUUUUAUAGAGAAAAAUGCAAAAAGGGGAUUGAUGGAUGGAGUGGGAAUACUUUGACUAAUCCAGGAAAUAGCUGCAUUGCACAUUUGCUGUGUGAAGAGGCGAGGACACGAUGAAUUUCAAUUGUGGAGGAGGAAGCUUCGAAGAUUGAUGAUAUAUCGUGCGUGAUUGUGGAAUUUGAGAAUGGGGAUGGAAAAAUAAUUACAAAUGAAAACGAGCCUGAAGCAGGCCAAUAA